AUGAAUGUUAUAAGAGUAAAAUGCUAAAAGGAAUAACACGAGUUUGUAGAAUUAGCUUGCUUAAAUAAAUAUUGUUAAGCUAAUAGAAUUUAUUGUCAUUAAUGUCUUAAAAAUGGAGAUCAUGUUGCUCAUCCAAAAGAUUAAAAGAAUUUAAUUGAAUUAAUAGACUAUUUUCAUAAUAUUGACAAGGAAAGUGAGAAACUAAUAUAAAAUUUAUGUUUAAUGGUAGAAUAGUUAAAGGAUUUAAUGUUUUAAUUAAAUUAAGAAUUGAGAACAAAAUAUCAAUUUUCUAAAGAAAGAUUGUAAUCAUUAAAUACAAAACAAUUGAAUUAGGCUUUAGAUUAGAUAAUUCAAUAUGAUGAUAUUUAAAUUAAUAUAACAAAUCAAUUACAAAUAUGUUCAGAUAAUAUGAUCAAAUAAAUUCAAAUACAAAUCAAUGAAUUGAAAUUAGAUCAAGUAAAAAUAUAUUAAUUAAAUCAAUAAGAUCAACAAAAAGUAAAAGAACUAUAUUAAUAAGGUAUUCAUAUCAUUUAUUUAGCAUAUAAUUUAUAUUAUGAUGAUAAAUAUGAAGAGGCAAUCAAAAUAUUAGAUGCUGCAUUACAAAUUGAUCAAAAUCAUUUGGAUUCACUAUAUUUAAAAGGUAUUAAAACUAUAUGUAAAUAAAUUAGCUAAAUGUUUAACAUGGCUAAGUAAUUACAAAGAUGCAAUUAUAUGGACUGAUAAAGCUUUGUUGAUUAAUUCAAAUCAUUUGGAUUCAUUAUCUACAAAAGGUAUUAAAAACUAUAUGUAAAUGAAUUAGCUUAAUGUUUAAGAUGGCUGAGUAAUUACAAAGAUGCAAUUAUAUGGGCUGAUAAAGCUUUG